GAGAGAGGCGGGGGAGCACCACGCUCUCGUUCCGCCCCCGAGUUGCAGAACGAGCCAUUUAUCGGUAAGAGCCGUGCCAGCUGUAGAGCGCGCGGGCGCGUGUACGUGCCCCCCCUCUCACGCGGAGGAUCCUUACCAAACGGAACCGGAGCGCACGCGGGGAUGUGAUGGCCGCUGCACAUCUGGAUCGUGUUUACGACGCUGCGCACGAGAGCGGAACAACCUCCGGAGAGACGCACACCGCGCGCACUCGAUUUUUCUCUCACACGCACAGUCAUGUGCGCGCAGUGAGCUCGCGAGUCUCCGUUUGACGCUCGUGCUCUGGACCUGUCUCGGGCUCGGUCGGUGCGCAGCUGCGGGAGGAGACGAGCCUCCGGGAGGAACCGACACCGUCCAUCCCGCAACAAAACACCACGCACGCCCCGCCAGCGCGCUCCCACUGGAGUCUGCAAGGGCCCAGUAUCCUCCGCUCCCAUCCCCAUCCAGCGGCGCCGCGCACGGGGGAUACCCGAGAGCAUCCCUCCCUCUCCCAGCCUCACUCACCCCCAUCAUAUGGUCGAGCCCCCCGAAGGCUCGGAUCCAGCGGGGGAGCAGGAGGCGGCGGCUCGCGGCGGGCGGAGACGCACCCUCCGCGCGGAGCAGGCGGUGAAGCGCCGCUGUGUCGGAGGAUGCUGCGGGAGUAGCGCGGCUCAGAGAGCAAGAUGGGGAAGGACCAGGAGCUGCUGCAGGCGGUGAAGACCGAGGACCUGCUCACCGUGCAGAAGCUGCUGCAGAGGCCCCGGCCUGGGAAAGCAAAGCUUCUCGGUUCUGCAAAGAAAGUCAACGUCAACUUCCAGGACACAGACGGGUUUUCUCCGCUGCAUCAUGCGGCCCUCAAUGGGAACCUGGAGCUCAUCUCUCUGCUGCUGGAGUCUCAGGCUGCUGUCGACAUCAGAGACCAGAAAGGUAUGCGGCCUCUGCAUUACGCAGCCUGGCAGGGGAAGGCGGAGCCCAUGAAGAUGCUGCUGAAAUCUGGUUCGUCCGUCAACGGCCAAUCGGAUGAAGGACAGAUCCCUCUGCACCUGUCAGCGCAGCACGGCCACUACGACGUGUCUGAGAUGCUGCUGCAGCACCAGUCCAACCCGUGCAUCGUGGACAAUGCAGGGAAAACCCCUCUGGACCUGGCCUGCGAGUUCGGCCGAGUCGGGGUGGUCCAGUUGUUGCUCUCCAGUAACAUGUGUGCUGCUUUGCUGGAGCCCAAAAAAGGAGACACCACCGACCCCAACGGGACGUCUCCUCUCCACUUGGCCGCCAAGAACGGACACAUAGACAUUAUCAGACUGCUGAUCCAGGCAGGUAUCGACAUCAACAGACAGACCAAAGCUGGCACCGCUCUGCAUGAAGCUGCUCUCUGCGGCAAGACCGAUGCCGUGAGACUCCUGCUGGACAGCGGUAUCAAUGCCACAGUGAGGAACACGUACAGCCAGACUGCGCUGGAUAUCGUUUACCAGUUCAGUGCCACGCAAGCCAGCAGAGAGAUCAAGCAACUGCUAAGAGUGUCUCUCUGUCCCUCAGAUGCGUCAGCGGCUCUUCAAGUUCGAGCUCUGAAAGAUUACUGCAACAACUACGACCUGACCAGCCUGAAUAUCAAAGCAGGAGAUGUUAUUACGGUUCUGGAGCAGCACCCCGAUGGACGCUGGAAAGGCUGUAUCCAUGACAACCGCACAGGAAAUGAUCGGGUGGGCUACUUCCCGUCCACCAUGGUGGAAGUCAUCAGCAAACGCACAGGUUUGGCCAGCACAGUCAUUUGCACUCAACAGUUUCAAAAGAUACCGCUGGUUCCCCCGGCGACGGUUGCCCCUGCCAACGCGGUAGUCAACGGCAACGACACCACGUUCCAUCAGAUCCAUAUCCUGCCUCCACCGCCUCCUCCUCCACCACAUUCCCAUCAGCCACUGCUUCCACUUUUUACUUCCUUUGGCUAUAGCAGGUCGCCCGUGACAACCCCACAGGGAGACACACCCACUGCCCCAGGUUGUCGCGGUUCAGAGGCAAGUCCUCACAGCUCUCCUACCUCGUCCGGCGGGCCCCAUGGAGGCUCCAAUGAAGAGAUCUGGGUACUGCGCAAGCCAGUGGCAGGUGGCGACCGCAGCAGUGUGGGCAGCUCUGGCAGUGUCACGAGCGUGAGGUCAUCAGGCAGCGGUCAGAGCGCCGGCAGCACCUCACACAUCCUCCACCCACAGGCUGAAGGGGUUAAGCUUCUCGCCACGGUCUUGUCCCAGUCGGCCAAAGCUAAGGAGCAUCUCCUGGAGCAGUCCAAGUCCGUGGACCAACCUGCAGGUUCUGCCAGCUCCUCCCGGACAUCGAGCCAAUCGGGGUGUCCGCUCCACGAAGCGCCGCCUUAUGACGCCACGGCAACCAGGAAGGGGGAGGUGCCAGUCGAGGGGAAGAGCUCAGAGGCCGUUGUCCAAUGGCUGAGCGACUUUCAGCUGCAGGUCUACGCUCCGAACUUCGUGGGCGCUGGGUAUGACUUGCCCACCAUUAGCCGAAUGACCCCAGAGGAUCUGACUGCGAUUGGAAUAACCAAACCAGGUCACAGGAAGAAAAUGACCUCAGAGAUAAACAAGCUGAGCAUCACAGAGUGGCUUCCUGAUCAGAAACCUGCCAAUCUAGGAGAGUGGCUGUCUGCCAUUGGUCUAAACCAGUACCACCAGGUGUUAGUGCAGAACGGCUACGAGAACAUCGACUUCAUCACUGACAUCACUUGGGAGGACCUGCAGGAAAUAGGCGUCACCAAACUGGGCCACCAGAAGAAGCUGAUGCUGGCGGUGAAGCGACUGGCGGAGAUGCAGCGCGGAUCAGAAGGCCGGGGCUCCCUCCGAAAGAAGCCCACACCAAUCACACAGCAGCAGGAAGUCAUGUCCAUCGACAGCCCGCCUCCAGAGGAGCUCAUGUCUCCAAAGAUGAGCACCUUCCAGGACAGCGAGUUGAGCACCGAGCUGCAGAGUGCGAUGACGCAGCCAGGUCAGGAGGUCAAAGCUCAACGGACACGCAGCGUCAGUAAAGACCAUGAUGAGGUGACGGCAGGAGGUGGGGGAGGAGGUACUGGCCCGCCUAAGAAGGAGGCACGGACUAUGAGGCAGCAGAGUAGCCAGGGAAGCACCUCCUCCCACAGGGGCAGCGUCUCCUCUCAAGGCAAACACCGCCACUCCCACUCCCACUCCCAGCCGGCCCCUCCCUACACGCCGCCUCACACUCCUACCAAGUCUAGAACCUCAUCGUCCUCCUCCACUUCCUCCGUCCAGAGCACAGCUUCCUCGCAGUCCAAAACCAAACCUCAGUACAUCCAUGGAGAGAGACCUCAUUCUCCGCGCUCACACCCCCCUCAAUCUCCGACCCACCGUGGCGCUCCAGGUCCUCAGCCUCAGCAGCAGCAGCAGCAGCAGCAGCAGCAACCUGCAGUCCAGCCACCGCACCAGGCACAACCUCAACCUCAACCUCAACCUCACCCGCAGACGCAGGGGAUGGAGGUCAGGGAGAUCCAACAACCACAGGUCCCUCUCCUCUGCCUCCCACCAGAGGCUGAGCUGGCUGAGGGAGAAGGAGCAGAACCCUCGGCGCUCCAGAAGAAACGUGCUCACAGUCUCAACCGAUACGCCGUGUCAGAUGGCGAGUGUGAUGACCGGGCAGGACGAGGAGGAGGUGAAGGAGAAGCGGAGGUAAUUGUAAGUCAGAGCUCAAAGGUCAUCAGAGCGGAAGGAGUUAAAUAUGCCACAGUGACCCCCCGCGUCAGUCGCAGCCACUCCGUCCGCAACCAGGACAAGAACGGCAACCGCAACCACACGCAGACCUUGGCUCUGCGUCAGAAGAAGAAAGGCCCACCCCCGCCCCCGCCCAAGCGCUCCAGCUCAGCCAUCUCCAGCUCCAACUCCAACCUGUCAGAUGCCAACGCACAGCCGCCCACACUCACCACGACAGGGGGGAUGCUGGAUGUGCCUUACCACCAACAGCGGCGAGCCAGCGAUCUUGGGGUGUCUGUGGAACCCAGUGCUGUGGAGACGAACAGCAUGGGCAGUGUGAGGAGCAUCGCUGCCAUGUUGGAAAUGUCUUCUAUAGGGGGAGGAGCCAAAGGCAUGGCGAUACAGAAGAAUUUCCUGCAGGUGGGAAAAACGACACGUGACACCAUUGGCCUGGACGGCGAAGUGGUGAAUCGACGGCGGACCAUCAGUGGCCCCGUCACCGAGUUGGUGGCGGCUGCCAGGCGCAACCAGCCGACUCCCUCCGCUCUUCCAUGUCCCGCCUUACAACCUGAACCUGAAAGCGCCGCUCCCACUGUAAAUUCGUCCUCACCACACCCUCCGUCCUCCCCCCAUCCGAGUUCUGGAGGCAGCGGCAGCUCGUCAGAGAAUCUGCCAUUUGCAGAGGAGGGAAGUCUCACUAUUCGCCGCCAGGGUCGAGGAGAAGGAGAAGGACAGUGUGUAUUUUGUGUUUGUCUGCAGGGCGACGGCGAGGGAAGUCCCCAGGGAGACGGUGGCUACGCCCAGGAGGACAUCGCCGGCGUUGAGGCCACGGCAACCUUUAAGCGACGAGCGCGCGGCACCAAGCCCCACCCCAACGGCUCCGACUUCACCCUCCAGGAGUCGUCCACCGUCAAACGGAGACCCAAGAGCCGCGACAAGGAGCCCGAAGGCUACGCAGAGCUGGCUGCCGCUAAUGGAGAGCCUGUGGAAACUGGGUCGCCGAACACCUCGCAGCCAGUACCUUACCAGAACGGCACUGCCACCAUGAAACGCCGCCCGGUUCCCGGUGGCCAGGAUGCUGGAGUGACGGAGCAACCCCAACCCCAUCCUCAACCUCAACCCAACCAUCAACCUCAACCUCAACCGCAUCAUCAACCCCAUCAUCAACCCCAACCUCAACCUCAACCCAACCAUCAACCCCAACCCCAACCUCAACCCCAACCCCAACCUCAACCGCAAGUGACUGCUGCUCCUCGCAGGGACAGUGUGGAUCAAGCAGCUCCAGUGGUCAACGAAGUUGUUCUGCAGAGAAAACCGAAGCCGCCAGUCUCCCCCAAGCCGGUAGUGGGGCAGAUGAAGAGAGGACCACAGACGCCCCCACAUCCUGCCAACAAGAGGGUCCCGCUGCCAGGCCCUGGCACACCUGGAAGCCCAGUGGAAGGAAAGAAGAUUCCUCCACCGGUCUCGCCGAAACCAUUGCCCCCGCCCACGGCGCCCAAACCGUCCAAGCUCAUCCACUCCAUGACCAGCCCCCCCUCCCCGAACCCAUUCCCAGCCCCAGUCAAGCUGCACUCUGUGGUGACCCGGCAGAACACGUCGCCCCCGUCCUUCCCUUCCUCAAACACCCCCAGCCCUCCGAACGCCAAACCGACGAGCCCUUCUCCCCAGAGUCCCCACACGCCGCAGACCCCCACCACGCCCCAGACUCCCCAGACUCCGGCUACUCCCAGCCCCACCCCGCCGCCCGUCAAGCCCCCUCGGUCCUCCAUCGGGGGGGUGUCUGUGGACAGUGGGAUGGUCGGCGGUGGGGUGACGGCACCGGCUGCUGCGACAUCACCAGACUUCUGUGUGGAUUCUCUGGUGCAUCAGAAGCUGGAGGAGACCAGUGCGUCGCUGGCCGCGGCUCUGCGGGCGGUGGAGGAUAAGAUACUGCGGCAGGAGGACUCUGUGGCUGAGCAGAAGACCACAGUCAGUAUCCUGGACGACAUCGGCAGCAUGUUCGAUGACCUGGCCGACCAGCUGGACGCCAUGUUGGAGUAACGACAGACACCGGUCAGCAUGUCUCCAUGGCAACGCUGCAGCAGGACCGACUCAUGAUGGCACAAUGGGCGAAAUGCCUCUCUCUCUCUUUCUCUCUCUCUCUCUCUCUGUCUCUCUCUCUCUCUCUUUCAAUCUCUGUCUCUCUCUCCUUCUGUUCAUCCGCUCUCCCCUGUCGUCCGUCCCUCGCUGCUCUGGAAUAACCUCGUUCAUCCUCCUCUUCCUCUCGUCUCCUGUUGCUGAUGAAGAAAGCGAUGGCGGAGCGCUGCAACAGGCCUGGACGUGACGUGGCAGAGAAGAGAGAGAGACACUAAAAGAGAGCGGUUUAAAAAAAGGACCAAAAAACGACUUAUGGGGGAGAGAAAAUAAAAAAAAAAUGGAGAGACGAAGAAGAAAAUGGCGGAGACUGCGUUUAUGAACUCCGCGUGGACUCGAACAAAUAAACUAAACUAAUAGUGAUUGAAAAACCAACUGUGUAAUGAAUCAUAGUGUGGUAUGUGUACAUUCUAAGCAUGGAGAGUUUAUAUCUACUGAAAAAGUCCUGCAUUAGCACACUAAUAUAUAAUAUACCGAUAAAUAUGAAUCUCUAGCUCUUUGGUUUGAUGUCUUGGUUCUGUGUGGAAUGGUGACCUCUGGUGUUGUGACGAUGUAAAUGACUUGGUGGAAUUUUUUUUAUCUGUGACCAAAACGGGACUAUUCAGCUCCUCAAGUGUGUGUGUGUGUGUGUGUGUGUGUGUGUGCGCAUGCAUGUGUGUGUGUGUGUGAGCGUGUGUGUGUGUGUGAGAUGGGGACCGUUUAAAAGGUGUUGAGUUUGUGGGUCGUCAGAAUUUCAUGAUCAGAAUCCCGUUUCCUGUCCUGGCUGCGUCCAUCCUCAUCGUCACCUUCAACACACUCACUCACACACAGAAGAAGCACAAUGACCCCUGCAGCCAGCUCGCACACACACAGACACACACAGACACACACACACAGGAGCCUGCACAAUAUAAACUCUUAACGAGAGAAGGGGAGGGCGAGAGGCGAAUGCAGCGAGGCGACAGCAGGAUGUCCUGGAAAGCAGAUGUUACGUGUUGUAGAUAAACCACUGGAGGUUUGGGGAAAUGGUUUCAGGAUGCAGUCGAAAGAGUUUUAGUAAAACGAGGCUGAGUCUCGGGGUCAAAGGUCAGAUCAGGCUCAGUCGGCCCGAGCUCCCCCUGCACAAAACAAACACAAGCACCAGAGUCCGAGACGAGGCCGACGAGCCCAGAUCCACUGGGAAAAAACUAAACAAGGGCACAGCAACAAACUUCAGGUUCCCACAUCUCAGAUUCACAUUAUUUUUCUAAAAGUCUAUCAUUCCAGAAUUAGUGAUUCUAACACGUGAGUUAAAAAUCUAAAUAAUUUCCAGAACUUUGUGCACAGUCAUUUCAAAACGUUCUUUAAGCAGGGAUGCACUGAUAGCAGUUUGUGUCUUUUCCACAAAAUAUUCAAUUAUCCUGUUAAGAAUUAGAAUUAAAGCAUCGUAGCCCUCGUUAGAAAAAUCUGAAUCCGUUAGAUUCUUCAGGCUUCAUAGAUAAGUAACAUCUGGAAAUGUACGUGAUGCUUUCUGACGAUAUUUCUUAAAGGAAACAUAUCCAAAAAAGUAUCGGCCCCUGUACAGAACCCUGUGGAACUCCAUGACUAACUUUUGUCUGCGUGGAGGAGUCAUUGUUAACUUUAACAAUUUGGAAUCUAUCAGAUGAGAAUCACUUCCUUUAUGUGAGGUAACAAGAGGGAAUGGACUGAGGCUAUUCCAGGAUUUAAUCCGUCCUCGAACCAGCUGUAAACAUCUGUAUCAGGCCGAUAUCAGUGCGUCCCUUCUUUAAGACCCUGCAUCAAAUCACAACUUUCCCAGAAACAAGUGUUCGACUCCUGGAUUCAUUUCUCCAGGAUAUAAAGAAAGAAAAAAAUACACAACGGCCGAAACCCUUCCUGACACCUCAGCUGAUACAACCCCUCUCAUCCCACUCUCUCUCCACCGCCCACCCCCUGCUGCCAUGACAAUCUACAUCAUCCCCCCCCCCAUAUCAUCCUUAUCAGGCAUCACCAUGGUUACUCCAGUGUGUUGCCAUGACGGCGUUCUCAUGAGAGUUUAAAAAGAAGACGGUGUUAAGAUGGAGCGAGCGGCGGGACGUAGUGAAGCUGGAGGUUUUGUUUGUGUUAACGUCCUGAAGUCGCCCUGACCCUGAUCCGGCGAGCGAGGUUCACACCCCCGCCCGUUAACGAGAUCUCAGCUUCACAGUCCCACAGCGGCAACACUCCGUAUAUAAAUGAUUACGACUCCAGAGAAUAGUUGUGGUAUUUAAAUUAUGAUCACAUAGAGAUUAUAUAUAUAUGGAUAUUUGCAAAAACAGUGUAUUUAUGAUGUGUGUGUCCUCCUGAAGACUAUUUUUCAAAGUAAACAAUCUAAUCUGAGUGUUGAAUCCGUUCGCUUCUCCAUGCUUCAGUGGUCCGAGCUGAUGAACCACCGCAGGAAGUCGGGAUAUUUCCAGGAAGCUUUUUUUAUUGUCAUUAUUAUUUUUGUUACGUUUUUCUCCUCUGCCUACAUGUGUACGUGUGUCCAGCCAGAUGUGGCAAAGUGUAAAAUGCAAGCGAUUCUUGUUGUAUUAUUUUUGAGUUGUUUUCAAAUGCAACAUUCUGUUUUUCUUUGAAACAUGUGCCUUGCUUUGUGAUUUUGGUCUGACUAAAAUACAGUAGAUGGGUAUGUACAACA